GAAUAAGGACAGCCAAACCACACAGUGGGUGGGGUGUUUAUGGCGAACCACCCGCCCACUUUAGAAAUUCAAUGCUUAUGAUCGUUAAAUUGCACUGUUAACAUCUACUAGGCGUGUUAAACAUGACCUGUACAGAUGACUGAUGUGGAUUUGUUUUUUCAGCUUGCUCGUCUCAACAACCCAAUAAACACCCAGUAUAGUUGGGCCACAGGCGGCGGCGGCGGUGCCGCCACCAGUGGUGGAGGGAAGACGGUGGGGAGGUGGUUAAAGGACAGGAGAGAGAAGAAGAAAGAAGAAACUAGAGCUCACAAUGCACAGCUCCAUGCUGCUGUUUCAGUUGCUGGGGUGGCCGCUGCUGUGGCGGCGAUUGCCGCUGCCACAGCGGCCUCUUCUGGGUCAGGAAAAGACGAGCAUAUGACAAAAACCGAUAUGGCAGUUGCCUCUGCUGCCACUUUGGUGGCUGCCCAAUGCGUCGAGGCGGCCGAGGUCAUGGGUGCUGAACGCGAGCACCUCACCUCUGUUGUUAGUUCUGCUGUUAAUGUCCGGUCUGCUGGAGAUAUCAUGACUUUAACUGCUGCAGCUGCCACAGCUCUGCGUGGGGCAGCCACAUUGAAGGCAAGGGCAUUGAAGGAGGUCUGGAAUAUAGCGGCAGUGAUUCCUGUGGAGAAAGGAAUGGGAGUUAGUGGCGGGGUUGGUAAUGGCAGUAAUGGUAGUUCAAACGGUAGUUUCAGUGGUGAGCUUGUGCCCGAAGAGAAUUUCCUUGGCAUUUGCAGUCGGGAGUUACUAGCCCGAGGUUGUGAACUCCUAAAGCGAACUCGCAAAGGCGAUCUUCAUUGGAAAAUAGUGUCGGUUUAUAUCAACAGAAUGGGUCAGGUUUGUUUGCUUUCUCCUUCAACCCCCAAUUUUGGUGUUCUAAAAACAGGUGAAGUUUUGUUUUUUGUUAUGUUUUUUUACUUAAAAACUUCAGACAAUGAAUUCUUUUUGUUUGCUUCCAAACAAUGA